UCUCGGCCCUCACGCCCCUCGGGCCGUCGUUUCCCUCCCGGCCCGACUCGUCCCAUCGCGCCCUCGUAGUCCAAACCCGCCUACACCACCUUCUUCCCCGCUCGCGCGCCCGCGCCCCACCCCCGAGCCUCGAGCGCCCCCGCAGACGGACCAGCCACAGGGCCGCGGUCCCGUCGGCCCGGUGCACCUGGCGUCGCGGGCGCUGUAGCAUGGAAGACGCUGGCCAGCGGCAGCACCAGCCGCCGAUGACGAAAUUGCCAGGCUUGACGCCGAGCCACGGCACGACGACGCUCAUUCACCGCUCCGGGCACUGCUACCAGCUGCACCGGCCGCACCUGGCCCUGCCGGCGCAGGCCGCCCCGCAACUGCGGCCCCACAAACAGCUCAGGACGGGCACGAGCGCCGACACGGAGGCGCCGGCGUCGGACGCCGCGGUGGACGCGGCCGCCGCCAACAGCGCCGCCAAGCUCCAGCACAAGCAGCGCCAGGAGCAGGUCGCGGUCCUCACCACGAGCGUCCUCCUGCUGCUCCACCGGCUCGAGAGCCGCACCGCCCCGGGCGCGACGCAUCUCCUCGAGGGCGCCGGCGCCCAGCCCCUGGCGCUCCAGAGGGCGAAGCCCGCGCGCCACCAGUCGAGCGCGAGCACCCACGUGUCGAGCCUCUACCCGGAGAUCCUCGCCCUCAUAUUCAGUAACCUGGAUGUGAGGGACCGGGGCCGCGCGGCUCAGGUGUGCGUAGCGUGGCGCGAGGCCGCCUAUCACAGGUCAGCCUGGCGCGGUGUCGAGGCGCGCCUCCACCUGCGCAAGCACUCCUCGCCGGUGUUUCAGUGCCUCGAGAGGCGCGGCAUAAAGCGCGUCCAGGUGCUCUCGCUGACGAUGCGCCGUGGCCUCGGGGAUGUGUUCCGCGGCAUACCCAAGCUCCAGUCGCUCAAUCUCUCCGGCUGUUACAAUAUGUCGGACGCCGGGCUGAAUAGCGCCCUCGGCCAGUCGUUUCCCUCGCUCACCGAGCUCAACCUCAGCCUCUGCAAGAACAUCACGGACGCGAGCCUCGGGAAGAUCGCCCAGUGCCUGAAGAACCUCGAGAGCCUCGAGCUCGGGGGCUGCGGCAACAUAUCGAACGCGGGCAUGCACGUGAUCGCCUGGGGCCUGAAGAACCUCAGGCGGCUCGACCUACGGAGCUGCUGGAACGUCUCCGAUCAGGGUAUGGCGUAUCUCGCCGGUCUCAACAGCGAGGCUGGCGGCAACCUCGCCCUCGAGCACCUCAGUCUCCAGGACUGCCAGAGGGUGAGCGACGAGGGCCUGAGGCACAUCGCCCAGGGCCUCGCGACCAGCCUCAAGUCCAUCAACCUCUCGUUUUGCGUGCCAAUAACGGACUCGGGCAUGAAGCACAUAGCAAAGAUCGCGAGUCUACGCGAGCUCGACCUUCGCUCCUGCGACAAUAUCUCCGAAAUCGGGAUCGCGUACCUCGCCGAGGGCGGCUCACGGAUAUCCGCCCUCGACGUCUCCUUCUGCGACAAGAUCGGCGACCAGGCGCUACAGCACAUCAGCCAGGGUCUCUUCAAUCUCAAGAGCCUCGGCCUGUCGGCCUGCCCGAUCAGUGACGAGGGCAUCUGCAAGAUCGCCAAGACCCAGCAGGACCUCGAGACCCUCCACAUCGGCCAGUGCAACAGGCUCACCGACAAGAGCGUGUUCACAAUCGUCGAGAGCAUGCCCCAUCUCAAAUGCAUCGACCUCUACGGCUGCACGAGAAUCUCCAAGUUCGGCCUCGAGAAGAUCGAGGUGAAGCUGCCGCCGAUCUCCCUGAAUCGGGACCUGCGACAGGAGCGCCGGUGAUAGCGUUCAAUGGCCCUGUGGACGCAAUGACCUUCACUAUGUUGUUACGAGGGCUUGGCGCUCGCAUAGGACGAGGAGAGCGGCCGCGACUGGCGCCCGCUCGAAGAACUUCGGCUUCGGACGAGUAAACUCAGGAGCCGAGGCGCAGCAGCCAUCCACCUGUACCCCGAGACCGCUCGACACACACUGCGCCGCCAAUGGAUUCGGCCUGUCCUGAGAGGAGCGGAGCGAGGCUAUCAAAGGGGCCGACUCCUGGUGCGGAAGCCACGAGUCCAUGGGGACCGAGGCAUGCGUGCCUCUUCCCUCGGCCGGUCACUUAUCCCGGGCGUUGCGCAAGCCUUGGCACUUUCUUUCGUUUUCACAUUUGGCUUCUCGACUCUCGUUACGUUCCUGUUCGUUUUGUUGUUUAUCCGUUUAAUUCCGCCGAUUACGCAACGUCUCCCGCGCUGCGGUGGCGCGCGGCUCCUUUCUCUUUCCGCCUCCGAGGCCUUUUUUCUCCUCUUUUUUUUUGUUUUU